UCCGACGGCAAGGGGAGCUGAGACUGUCCAGGCAGCCAGGUUAGGCCAGGAGGACCAUGUGAAUGGGGCCAGAGGGCUCCUGGGCUGGGCAGGGACCAUGGGCUGUGGCUGCAGCUCACACCUGGAAGAUGACUGGAUGGAGAACAUCGAUGUGUGUGAGAACUGCCAUUAUCCCAUAGUCCCACUGGAUGGCAAGGCCACGCUGCUCUUCCGAAACGGCUCUGAGGUGCGGGACCCACUGGUCCGCUACGAGGGCUCCAAUCCGCCGGCCUCCCCACUGCAAGGUGACCCCAGGCAGCAGGGCUUGAAAAACAAGGCCUGCGGAUCCCUGGCUGUCGGCUUCCACCUCCUCCCCACCUACUCUCUCCCCUGUCCUGCCUUCCUUGUCGCCUGCCCCGUAACUCCAGGCUUCCUGCCCAUCUCCCUGACGCCCCUUGUCUUUACAGACAACCUGGUUAUCGCCCUGCACAGCUACAAGCCCUCUCACGACGGAGACCUGGGCUUUGAGAAGGGGGAACACCUCCGCAUCCUGGAGCAGAACGGCGAGUGGUGGAAGGCGCAGUCCCUGACCACCGGCCAGGAAGGCUUCGUCCCCUUCAAUUUUGUGGCCAAAGCGAAUAGCCUGGAGCCCGAACCCUGGUUCUUCAAGAACCUGAGCCGCAAGGACGCGGAGCGGCAGCUCCUGGCGCCCGGGAACACUCACGGCUCCUUCCUCAUCCGGGAGAGCGAGAGCACCGCGGGAUCGUUUUCACUGUCGGUCCGGGACUUCGACCAGAACCAGGGAGAGGUGGUAAAACAUUACAAGAUCCGUAAUCUGGACAACGGUGGCUUCUACAUCUCCCCGCGAAUCACUUUUUCCGGCUUGCAUGAACUAGUCCGCCAUUACACCAAUGCUUCAGAUGGGUUGUGCACACGGCUGAGCCGCCCCUGUCAGACCCAGAAGCCCCAGAAGCCCUGGUGGGAGGACGAGUGGGAGGUUCCCCGGGAGACGCUGAAGCUGGUGGAGCGGCUGGGGGCUGGACAGUUCGGGGAGGUGUGGAUGGGGUACUACAACGAGCACACGAAGGUGGCGGUGAAGAGCCUGAAGCAGGGCAGCAUGUCCCCGGAUGCCUUCCUGGCGGAGGCCAACCUCAUGAAGCAGCUGCAACACAAGCGGCUGGUUCGGCUCUACGCUGUGGUCACCGAGGAGCCCAUCUACAUCAUCACUGAGUACAUGGAGAAUGGGAGUCUAGUGGAUUUUCUCAAGACCCCUUCAGGCAUCAAGUUGACCAUCAACAAACUCUUGGACAUGGCAGCCCAAAUUGUAGAAGGCAUGGCAUUCCUUGAAGAGAGGAAUUAUAUUCAUCGUGACCUGCGGGCUGCCAACAUUCUGGUGUCUGACACCCUGAGCUGCAAGAUUGCAGACUUUGGCCUAGCACGCCUCAUUGAGGACAACGAGUACACAGCCAGGGAGGGGGCCAAGUUUCCCAUUAAGUGGACAGCACCAGAAGCCAUUAACUACGGGACAUUCACCAUCAAGUCAGAUGUGUGGUCUUUUGGGAUCCUGAUGACGGAAAUUGUCACCCACGGCCGCAUCCCUUACCCAGGGAUGACCAACCCUGAGGUGAUUCAGAACCUGGAGCGAGGUUACCGCAUGCCGCGCCCUGACAACUGUCCAGAGGAGCUGUACAAACUUAUGAUGCAAUGUUGGAGGGAGCGCCCAGACGACCGGCCCACCUUUGACUACCUGCGCAGUGUGCUGGAGGACUUCUUCACAGCCACAGAGGGCCAGUACCAGCCUCAGCCUUGAGAGGCCUUGAGAAGCCCUGGGGUCGUCCCCCCAUUUCUCCAGCCUGGCUUGGGGAGAUGGAGUUCUUGUGCCAUACUCACAUGGUCUAUGCACAUAUGGACUCUGCACAUAAAUCCUGCCCACGUGUGACACAUACCCACCUUGUGUCUGUACAUGUGUCCUGUAGUGGCGUGGACUCUGCACAUGUGUCUUGUACGUGUGUAGCCUGUGCAUGUAUGUCUUGGACACUGUCCAAGGUACACCUUUCUGGCUCUUCCAUUUCCUGAAACCACAGAGGGAGGGGAGAAGCCUGGGAUUGACAGAAGCUUCUGCCCAUCUACUUUUCUUUUCUCAGAUCAUCCAGAAGUUCCUCGAGGGCCAGGACCUUAUCUAAUACCUCUGUGUACUCCUCCUUGGUGCCUGGCCUGGCACACAUCAGGAGCUCAAUAAAUGUCUGUUGAUGACUGUUGUA